CCCAGCUCGGGACUGUGUCCUCGGGGCGCCCCAUCAGCCCACUCCACAAACGCGUGCGGCAACGCCCCGAACCCAGCUUGUUUGCGCCCCUGAACGCCUCCAGGUGCCUGCACAUACCCUCUGUGACCUAUCCACCCCGGUGAAGCAGAGCCGCAACGCCACCAACAGCAGCUGUGAGUCACAGCCAUGACGGCCGCCCAGGACGCGCGGGAGGCUGCGGACUACCAACCCACCUCCUAUUACUGGCACGCCAGGGAGGGGCAGCCGCAGGAGCACUGCCUGGGCAACUCCUGCGAGAACUUGGUCGGCAUGGACUGCCCCCGCCAGGAACCCACGCCUCCCGCGGCGCCGCACCUACACCAGCCGGCCUGCACCGUGCCCAAGCCGGUUCGCUCCGAGGCCGCGCCGCCCUCCGCAUCCACCGCCACCGCGGCCGGCAGCCUGGGCAGCAGCCCGCGCGGCGGCGCCGCCUCCUCCUGCCUAGACCAGUACCACUCCAUGCUGCCGGACAACCCGGUGCAGCAGCUGCCGCUGCUGCCCACCACCGCCUCCCACACCUCUGCAACCGUGCGGGUCGCCGCCUGGCUGCUGGGCGGCGGCGACGCGGCGGGCGACACGCAGCAGGAGGCGGCGGCGGCGGAGGAGGACGCUGCGGGUUGUACCGCCUCCAGCGACGCCGCCAGCCUGGCAGGCUGCUCCGAUGUGGCCCUCCUGGAUGAGCUGGAGCAGGCGAGGUACGGGCCCGGAGGCGACACACGCGCCUCCGCGGCCCAAGCGCCAGCUCAGCACCUCGGCAAGGCGGGGUCGGAUGUGGAUGGCUACCGCGCCACCUCCUACUACUGCCAGGCCAGCCGCCGCUCCCUGGACGGCUUCAUGUCACGGCCGGUGCAGCACAGCGACGUCCUGAACAACUAUGUGGCGGCAAUGUACUGA